UCUUCCUCAACUCCCCCGCUUCUUCCCCAUCCCACCCAGUCUCAAUUGAGCGGGUCAUCAAUCUGUGGAGAUCCCCCAUGGCUCUCCGACACUCCCUGAUGCUGUCCACUUCGGCGGCCGCAUCCUUGCGGUCCGUGGCGUCCAAGACGUCCCGAUCCACCGCUUCGAUCCCCCGAUUCACCACCGUGCGAGCCUCCUCCAGCUCGACCUCCGCGCUGGCUUACAAGGCCCUUCACCGUCGCUCGCCCCUGCCGCUGCCCGUGUCGGAUACCUCUCCCCAGUGGGAUGCCCCCACGGCCGUCUCGUCCAUUCUGUACGAGACCCCCGUGCCGCCGUCCAACCCGCCCAAACGCCAUGUCCUGAACUGCCUGGUGCAGAACGAGCCCGGCGUGCUGUCCCGCGUGUCCGGAAUCCUCGCCGCCCGCGGCUUCAACAUCGACAGUCUCGUCGUCUGCAACACCGAGGUGGAGGAUCUGUCCCGCAUGACCAUCGUCCUGCAGGGUCAGGACGGCGUCGUCGAGCAGGCCCGUCGCCAGCUCGACGAUCUCGUCCCCGUCUGGGCCGUCCUCGACUACACCGAGUCUGCCCUCGUCCAGCGCGAACUGCUCCUCGCCAAGAUCAGCAUCCUGGGCCCCGAGUUCUUCGAAGAGCUGCUCCAGCAUCAUCGCGAGAUCACCACCCCCGGUGAACUCCCCGAAGGCGGCGCCAAGGACAGAAUCGCCGAGCUCCCCCGGACGGAAUACCACCCGCGCAACCUGCCUCCCAGCCAGGCCCUCCGUCACAAGCACGAGCAUCUCGACGCCCUCACCCGUCUGACCCACCAGUUUGGCGGCAAGGUUCUCGACAUUAGCACCAACAACUGCAUCGUGGAGCUCUCCGCGAAACCCUCCCGUAUCGACUCCUUCAUGAAGCUCAUCAACCCCUUCGGUGUCCUGGAAUCCACCCGCACCGGUCUCAUGGCCCUUCCUCGCUCUCCCCUGUCCGAACCGACCGAGGAGCUCGAGAAGGAAGCCGCCGACGUGGUCGACGCCAGCACCCUGCCUCCUGGCUAAACAGUCCAUCCAAAGAUUCUUAUCAGAAACGAAUGGACCCCAUGACAGAUAAUACAACGGACAAAAAAAUAUAAAAAAAUGAAAAUAUCACUAAAUAAUCUACCAAGGCUGGAUGGUAUUGUAAAAACCUUUGUUUUCAUUUCGGCUUUGCGUGGGUCUAAUCUCUAUGUGGCCGUCUCUUCCUGUAUCUCUAUUUUAUUUUAUCUCAUUCAAUUUUGUUCUCGUCUUAAUGUUGGUUGUCUGUUUGUUUCCUUGUUUACUGCGUCAACUGAGCUGUUUACUAGCCGUGCUUCAAUAAAGAGAUUUCUCUUC